CUAAGUACACUGACUACACACACCCACCACCUAGCUGUCUGUUACCUGUUCUCCGUCUCUUCCACCUGCAUUAACGUCCGCUUGCUCUACCACGCUCUAUCUGGCUGGCCAUCAUCAUCACUCGCUGUCUAUUACUGGCUACUUCAGUACAGUAUACCUCCCUCCAGCGCCGCACACGCACACGCCCCCGCAACGUUAAUACACUCCCAAGCUUAUCCAUUUCGGCCUCCACUUUCGCCCUCAAUCUCUUUCCUUCUCACCUACUUUCGCUUGACCGGUCCUCUUACCACUCGCUCUCUCACUUCGCAUCGCAUCCUCGUCGCUCACGACUACUCGCCCACACACAUCAAGAUCGCUGUACUGAAGAUGUUCUGCUCUGCUCGCUGCCAUGACUCUUGAAAUCUCCUCCCUCGAGCUUCCUCCCUCAUUGCACGAGGAGCUUCCCGAGCUCCCGGGCCAUGGUCUGAACAUACCUACAAGACCAAGCUCCAUUGCGAAGAAUCCGCGACUGAGUGACUGCAAUGGAUAUUCCGAUGGCUUCACCGAAUACAUGACCUUUUAUGGCGGCUAUGGAGGCAUCAAGACUGCCAACGGAACAAACCCCGUCAAAUACGACUCUGAGAAGCUUCCCCGGAUCCUUGACGACGGCCUGAUACCAACUGAAUCCGAAAACACCAUCCAAGUCCCAGAUGGCCUGCAAUAUGUCGAACCUGCUCAAGGCUUAGAGUCAGUCCACAGCUCCGGUCAUGUCUAUACUAAAGCUACACACUCCGUCCACGAGCUGUCAACACCCACUGAGAAGCUCAAAUACACCCUCCGUCCACCGACACGCUCCAAAACCCAUACUCCCCAAUCUUUGGCUCCCUUAUUUGAGAAUGCCGAACUCGAUGGCCACGACGACCACCACCACCACCACCACAUCUCUCCAAUCAUCACUCAACCCACACCGCUCCCUCCUACCACCACUGGCCAUGCUGUUGCACAGACCUUACUGCACGAUCUUUCCCAAGACCUACUACCAAAGAAGCCUUCACUAUCUGCGUCCCUUCGGUCCACUAAAUCCAUAAAAUCCAGGUUCCCCCUCCUCCCGCGCAGGAGCUUCUCGUGCCUAUUCCGCCGCGAUUCAGAGCGUAAGAAGUCCACCUACUCACCAGCCACGUUAGGUAUCGCACUUCAGCAAGCAGCUCACUCCGGAAACAUCUCGCUAGUCGCCUCUCUCGUCACACUAGGUGCCCGCGCUACACCCGUCCCACAAUCGCCUACCAGGUAUCGCGAUGCUCUAUCGUGUGCUGCAGUAGAUGGCCACACGGCCAUAAUUGAUUACUUGGUGCAUGCUGAUUGUGGAGUUGACCAGGAGUCGAUUGAUGCUGCUUUCCUCGAAGCGUGCUAUGCCGCCCAGGUAGACAUGGCUAUUCGUUUACUCCGAAACUAUGGCGCAAGUCUAGAAACUCGAAAAAUGACGGAUUGGGAGAAGAUCAUUCAAGACAUGCCCGAAGAAGGUGGUAAACAUAUUGUUAGCGACCGUUCAUGCUACCAUGCGUUGGCCAUUUUACCAAACUCCAGGGAACGCGAUCGUCUACUGAGAUUCCUGGUGAGCUGCGACGAUUUCAACAAGGACCAAGUCGUUCACCAUACCUUCGUGGUAUCACGUGCUCGCACAACACGACACGGCGACACAAGGAACAACCAGACCUUCGUCUUCGAGAACCAACGGAUAUCGGUGCACUGCUACAAAUAUACUGCCAUAUCUCUAUUUACCAGCUUCGGCUUUAUCUCUGGUGUCCAGCUCCUUCUGGAAUACGGCAUCAAAACAUCUUACUCUGCAGCAGAGAAGAAGAAGCUUGCGUCUACAUCCGGCCCUGAUUCCAUCUUCACCUCCUUUCCUACCGACGCCACAUCGACACCAGAUCCAAUAUCAUGUAUCUCUGACCACAAUCAUCUUCACUGUCCCAUGGUCUCGGUCGAACUCCUUGGACUUCUUCUUUGCAAUGGUGCUGAUCCCCACAUCGUUGAACACACUGAGAAUGACUCGACAUACAUGCACACACAAUAUACUCUAACGACACCUCUCCUCCGAGCCAUUGCCGGACGCAACCUUUCAGCACUUAAUAUCCUCCUCAGCGUAGGGGUGAAGCAAUCGACUGAUGAUCACGUUGUCAUCGGCCGUAAUCUAGAUGUCACUCCCCUCGGUCUCGCCAUCGAAAUCGACGAUGUAGAGAUUGUAAAGAUAUUGCUGGAAAACGGCUGGAAACAGGAUUGGAUCGUUGGUUGGGGACCCAUGAAAGCGAAUGGGUCGCGGCAAGUAGUGAGCUCGCUUGAGCUCGCACGACGAAGCAGAAAACACUACGUACUAAACUUCUUGAGAAAUUUCAACAACAUCGACGAGGAAAAUGACGACGAUGAAGCGGAAAUCAAUAGCAUCGCUAGAGAAAUUGUCGGGUUGUCAGGAGCAAACUCGACAUACUCAUAUUACGGCAUAUAAUGAGGCGGAUGUAUCACAGGACACUUGGCACGGAAUCUCCUUUGUUGACAUAGCAAGCAUGGCGUUCUGGAUUGUAAUCACGGACUAUGCGCCUUCGGACGCUCACCAAGGCUACCACACGCCUUCUUUCUUUCUCUCCAUUUUGGGCAAUAUACUGCGCGAGCGAUCAAAAUGUACCACCGAUGGUUGAUGGUAUCUGGCGAGGCUUACCCAUUUUACAGGCGAACUCUCUGCCACAAAGUUUUUACUUGGCUCACGAUAUGUACAGCGAUGAAUGGCCUAGAACCUCCGAUUGUAAUGAGAGGAACCGCCAUAAGAGUAAUGUCUCCUCGAUAUAUACAUACAUAAAAUAUAUGAUUACAGUCAAUGA